AUGGCUAUCAACAAUCAUCAACGCGCAUCAGCCAUCGGCUCAGCACUGAAGAAGAAAUCCGCAAUUGAGAUUCCAAAGCAGGGUCGGGACACCUUCACUGGUGUAUCGACUGGGAAUUCUGUCCCUCGUUCUAUGAUGUUGCCUACACCCCCCAACUCCAUGUCUCCGAACCUCCUGCCGCAGCGCCAGGACGCUCGAUAUGCGCAAGAGUCGGACGUUGACCUUCACGAUGUGCCAGGAAGCGCCUUGACUGCAGAAGCGCUUGACAGUCUGGGUGACUUGGACAGCGCAGGAGCUAUUACUCCGGCCAUGUUGUCCAAGCAUCAUCUUCCUGAGAUUCUGCUUGCUAAUGGCCCUUUGGCUAUCCGGCACAUCAUGAGCUAUCUCAAUAGUACUGUGCCUGGGUUUGCCCGAAUCACUUCUGCCAAAGCACGACGUUUGGUCGUCGCUGCUCUGGAAGGACGUGGCGCCGGUAUCGACGUGACUGGUGAAGAGACUGAGGUCAUCUUCGAGAAGGUCGGAUGGGGCAGAUGGGAUGCUCGUCGCCGUGGUCAGCCAACCCGCGACGGUACCCCGCCUGCAAGCUAUACCUCAUCCCGGAGUGGUAUGCAUGGCCUUACUGGUCGCGGCGAGCUCUCUGGAGCGAGCGCGUCCGGUCGGUAUUCUGGCUCAGACGAAGAUCACGAUAUGCUGGAGAACGAAGCUGACAAGAUGUCCCUCGAUGAAGAUGAAGGCGGAUAUGCAUCUUCUGAAGCUCCUCCUGCUGAUCCAAUGCUCGAUGUGUUCGAUGACGAUGACAUUACCGACGAAGAAGACUGGGAAAGCAUUGGUGCAGAAGCUCUCCGGGCAAGGUCUUUGCCUCCGGGCUCAUUGCCAAAUGCUCGUAUCCCAUCCGGUGGCGGUCGAAUUUACCAACCUAUUUAUCCCUCGCGACCACAACGGUCGUACAAUAUGGCUCAGUCGGUACCUGUCAAGGCUCGGCCAACCAACAAAACCUCUAAUAGCUUUCAUGCUAUCAACGAUUCCCAGGAACGAGCCGCAGUUGAGGCUCUUCUUAGCUUGGGAUCUAUGUAA